GGGACACGCCUCUUUUCAGCAGGGAACCUAUAAAUGUCAACGUAUUUUUAUUCUAACUGAGAAGAGCCCAGCAAAAUGGGGAUCUCCAUAGUCAUCCUUGAAAUAUGUCUUUUACUGGAUCCAGUUUUAUCUACAGGCACCACCUGGUUCACUGCCACUGCAGCUUCAAACACAGAAUUCGGGACUGAUUCAGAAUUGGCCCUGAGGCUGGUGAACGGAGGUGACCGUUGUCAGGGUCGUGUAGAGAUCCUGUACCGAGGCUCCUGGGGCACUGUGUGUGAUGAUGACUGGGACACCAAUGAUGCCAAUGUGGUCUGUAGGCAGCUUGAGUGUGGCUGGGCCAUGUCAGCCCCCAGAAGUGCCCGGUUUGGUCAAGGCUCAGGGCCAAUUGUCCUAGACAAUGUGCGCUGCUCCGGCCAUGAGUCCUACCUGUGGAGCUGCCCUCACAAUGGCUGGAACUCACACAACUGUGGCCAUGGAGAAGAUGCUGGUGUCAUCUGCUCAGCUGCUUGGCCUCAGUCCACAAUCCAGCCAGACACCACCGGGUUCACCACCACUGCAGCUUCAACCACAGAUUUCGGGACUGAUUCAGGCUUGGCCCUGAGGCUGGUGAACGGAGGUGACCGUUGUCAGGGCCGCGUGGAGGUCCUGUACCGUGGCUCUUGGGGCACCGUGUGUGACGACAGCUGGGACACCAAUGACGCCAACGUGGUGUGCAGGCAGCUGGGCUGCGGUUGGGCCAGGUGGGCCCCCGGAAGUGCCCGGUUUGGUCAAGGCUCAGGGCCGAUUGUGCUGGACGACGUGCGCUGCUCCGGGCACGAGUCCUACCUGUGGGGAUGCCCUCACAAUGGCUGGAACUCGCACAACUGUGGCCAUGGAGAAGAUGCUGGUGUUGUCUGCUCAGGAGUACAAAGCACUGCUACUAUCCCAGAUUGGUGGCAUUCAUCACCUGCAACCAAUACUGCCACUUGGCCUCAGUUCACAACUCGCCAGCCAGACACCACCUGGUUCGACACCACCACAGCUUCAACCACAGAUUUCGGGACUGAUUCAGGCUUGGCCCUGAGGCUGGUGAACGGAGGUGACCGUUGUCAGGGCCGCGUGGAGGUCCUGUACCGAGGCUCUUGGGGCACCGUGUGUGACGACAGCUGGGACACCAAUGACGCCAACGUGGUGUGCAGGCAGCUGGGCUGCGGCUGGGCCAGGUCGGCCCCCGGAAGUGCCCGGUUUGGUCAAGGCUCAGGGCCGAUUGUGCUGGACGACGUGCGCUGCUCCGGGCACGAGUCCUACCUGUGGAGCUGCCCUCACAACGGCUGGAACUCGCACAACUGUGGCCAUGGAGAAGAUGCUGGUGUUGUCUGCUCAGGAGUACAAAGCACUGCUACUAUCCCAGAUUGGUGGCAUUCAUCACCUGCAACCAAUACUGCCACUUGGCCUCAGUUCACAACUCGCCAGCCAGACACCACCUGGUUCGACACCACCACAGCUUCAACCACAGAUUUCGGGACUGAUUCAGGCUUGGCCCUGAGGCUGGUGAACGGAGGUGACCGUUGUCAGGGCCGCGUGGAGGUCCUGUACCGAGGCUCUUGGGGCACCGUGUGUGACGACAGCUGGGACACCAAUGACGCCAACGUGGUGUGCAGGCAGCUGGGCUGCGGCUGGGCCAGGUCGGCCCCCGGAAGUGCCCGGUUUGGUCAAGGCUCAGGGCCGAUUGUGCUGGACGACGUGCGCUGCUCCGGGCACGAGUCCUACCUGUGGAGCUGCCCUCACAACGGCUGGAACUCGCACAACUGUGGCCAUGGAGAAGAUGCUGGUGUUGUCUGCUCAGGAGUACAAAGCACUGCUACUAUCCCAGAUUGGUGGCAUUCAUCACCUGCAACCAAUACUGCCACUUGGCCUCAGUUCACAACUCGCCAGCCAGACACCACCUGGUUCGACACCACCACAGCUUCAACCACAGAUUUCGGGACUGAUUCAGGCUUGGCCCUGAGGCUGGUGAACGGAGGUGACCGUUGUCAGGGCCGCGUGGAGGUCCUGUACCGAGGCUCUUGGGGCACCGUGUGUGACGACAGCUGGGACACCAAUGACGCCAACGUGGUGUGCAGGCAGCUGGGCUGCGGCUGGGCCAGGUCGGCCCCCGGAAGUGCCCGGUUUGGUCAAGGCUCAGGGCCGAUUGUGCUGGACGACGUGCGCUGCUCCGGGCACGAGUCCUACCUGUGGAGCUGCCCUCACAACGGCUGGAACUCGCACAACUGUGGCCAUGGAGAAGAUGCUGGUGUUGUCUGCUCAGGAGUACAAAGCACUGCUACUAUCCCAGAUUGGUGGCAUUCAUCACCUGCAACCAAUACUGCCACUUGGCCUCAGUUCACAACUCGCCAGCCAGACACCACCUGGUUCGACACCACCACAGCUUCAACCACAGAUUUCGGGACUGAUUCAGGCUUGGCCCUGAGGCUGGUGAACGGAGGUGACCGUUGUCAGGGCCGCGUGGAGGUCCUGUACCGAGGCUCUUGGGGCACCGUGUGUGACGACAGCUGGGACACCAAUGACGCCAACGUGGUGUGCAGGCAGCUGGGCUGCGGCUGGGCCAGGUCGGCCCCCGGAAGUGCCCGGUUUGGUCAAGGCUCAGGGCCGAUUGUGCUGGACGACGUGCGCUGCUCCGGGCACGAGUCCUACCUGUGGAGCUGCCCUCACAACGGCUGGAACUCGCACAACUGUGGCCAUGGAGAAGAUGCUGGUGUUGUCUGCUCAGGAGUACAAAGCACUGCUACUAUCCCAGAUUGGUGGCAUUCAUCACCUGCAACCAAUACUGCCACUUGGCCUCAGUUCACAACUCGCCAGCCAGACACCACCUGGUUCGACACCACCACAGCUUCAACCACAGAUUUCGGGACUGAUUCAGGCUUGGCCCUGAGGCUGGUGAACGGAGGUGACCGUUGUCAGGGCCGCGUGGAGGUCCUGUACCGAGGCUCUUGGGGCACCGUGUGUGACGACAGCUGGGACACCAAUGACGCCAACGUGGUGUGCAGGCAGCUGGGCUGCGGCUGGGCCAGGUCGGCCCCCGGAAGUGCCCGGUUUGGUCAAGGCUCAGGGCCGAUUGUGCUGGACGACGUGCGCUGCUCCGGGCACGAGUCCUACCUGUGGAGCUGCCCUCACAACGGCUGGAACUCGCACAACUGUGGCCAUGGAGAAGAUGCUGGUGUUGUCUGCUCAGGAGUACAAAGCACUGCUACUAUCCCAGAUUGGUGGCAUUCAUCACCUGCAACCAAUACUGCCACUUGGCCUCAGUUCACAACUCGCCAGCCAGACACCACCUGGUUCGACACCACCACAGCUUCAACCACAGAUUUCGGGACUGAUUCAGGCUUGGCCCUGAGGCUGGUGAACGGAGGUGACCGUUGUCAGGGCCGCGUGGAGGUCCUGUACCGAGGCUCUUGGGGCACCGUGUGUGACGACAGCUGGGACACCAAUGACGCCAACGUGGUGUGCAGGCAGCUGGGCUGCGGCUGGGCCAGGUCGGCCCCCGGAAGUGCCCGGUUUGGUCAAGGCUCAGGGCCGAUUGUGCUGGACGACGUGCGCUGCUCCGGGCACGAGUCCUACCUGUGGAGCUGCCCUCACAACGGCUGGAACUCGCACAACUGUGGCCAUGGAGAAGAUGCUGGUGUUGUCUGCUCAGGAGUACAAAGCACUGCUACUAUCCCAGAUUGGUGGCAUUCAUCACCUGCAACCAAUACUGACACCACCUGGUUCACCACCACCACAGCUUCAACCACAGAUUUCGGGACUGAUUCAGGCUUGGCCCUGAGGCUGGUGAACGGAGGUGACCGUUGUCAGGGCCGCGUGGAGGUCCUGUACCGAGGCUCUUGGGGCACCGUGUGUGACGACAGCUGGGACACCAAUGAUGCCAACGUGGUGUGCAGGCAGCUGGGCUGCGGCUGGGCCAGGUCGGCCCCCGGAAGUGCCCGGUUUGGUCAAGGCUCAGGGCCGAUUGUGCUGGAUGACGUGCGCUGCUCCGGGCACGAGUCCUACCUAUGGGGAUGCCCUCACAAUGGCUGGAACUCGCACAACUGUGGCCAUGGAGAAGAUGCUGGUGUUGUCUGCUCAGGAGUACAAAGCACUACUACUACCCCAGAUUGGUGGCAUUCAUCACCUGCAACCAAUACUGCUCCUGCUCACAAUGUCACCCACCCAAACACAAAUUAUUCCUGCGGAGGCUUCCUGACCCAGCCAUCGGGGUACUUUUCCAGCCCGUUCUAUCCGGGGACCUACCCAAACAAUGCCAAUUGUCUGUGGGACAUUGAAGUCCAAAACAACUACCAUGUCACCGUUAUCUUCAGAGAUGUCCAGCUUGAAGGGGGAUGCAGUUAUGACUAUAUUGAGGUGUUCGACGGCCCCUCCCACAGUUCCCCUCUGAUCGCCCGGGUUUGUAACGGAUUUGUGGGUCCCCUCACUUCCUCAUCGAACUUCAUGUCCAUCCGCUUUGUCAGCGAUGGCAGCAUCACGAGGAGGGGCUUCCAGGCCGACUACUACUCCAGCCCUUCUGAAGAUAACACCAAGUUGCUUUGUCUGCCAAACCACAUGCAAGCCAGCGUGAAGAGGAGCUACCUCCGGUCCCUGGGCUAUUCUGCCACGGACCUCGUCAUUUCCACCCGGAAUGAAAGCUCCCAGUGUCAGCCCCAGAUAACGGCCAGCCAGGUGUCGUUCACAAUUCCAUAUUCCGGCUGCGGCACCACCGAGCAGGUAGAUAAUGAUACCAUCACCUAUUCCAACUUCCUCAAAGCAGCUGCUCCCAGUGCCAUCAUCAAGAGGAAGAAGGAUCUCCACAUUCACAUCAGCUGCAAAAUGCUCCAGAACACCUGGGUUGACACCAUGUACAUCGCUAAUGACACCGUCGACGUCAAUGAAGUGCAGUACGGCAACUUUGACGUGAACAUUUCCUUCUACGCAUCAUCUUCAUUUUUAUACCCGGUGACCAGCAGCCCCUACUACGUGGACCUGAACCAGAACUUGUACCUUCAGGCCGAGAUCAUCAAUUCUGAUACCUCCCUGUCCUUGUUUGUGGAUACCUGUGUGGCGUCCCCGUAUUCCAAUGACUUUACAUCUUUGACUUAUGAUCUAAUCCGAAGUGGGUGCGCCAAGGACCGCACCUACCGCUCCUACCCCCAGCCCUCGCCUCGCGUCGUCCGCUUCCAGUUCAGCUCCUUCUUCUUCCUGAGGCGCUUCCCCUCCGUGUAUCUGCGCUGCAAGAUGGUGGUGUGCAGGGCCGACGACUCCUCCUCCCGCUGCCGCAGGGGCUGCAUCGGCCGGGCCAAGAGGGACGUGGGCUCCCACCAGGAGGUGGACGUCGUCCUGGGACCCAUCCUGAAGCGGGACCCGCGCACUGAGAACAGGGACCUGGCGACGAGCCAGCCCUCCCGCCCUUAGGCCCCGGAGCGGCAGGGACCCGGGAUGUUUCUGUGGGCGUCGCGUCCCCCCUCCGAUUGGACACCCCUCACGUGCCAGGCCUGCUGGGGCGACAUGGAGCCCGCUAGAUGGCUCCCCGCCUUCUUCCGGGGGUUCUGGUCUAUGGGGGACCGCGUGCGGUGCGUGGCCAAGAGAUUUCUGAUGUGCGACACGGACACACUUGCCACCUUUGUCCUCGGGCUCCUGAACUCCCCGCACCUCACGCUCCUUUUCUGUGGAACGAAGACGUGACUAUCUCCCGGCUAGGACUGUUGCGGGGGGUGCAAUAAAGUAACGUUAGUUAAACUGC